AUGGCAGCCAUCGUGCAGGCAUUUGCCUUGGCUGCCUUGGUGAGCCCUUCACUGGCAUCGACCUUUUACUCUGCCCUCUCUCCAUGCCCGCUCCCAUGCUCAAUCUCGGGCCCAGACCCGGCCAACUGGACUCACUACCACGACGCGCAACGCCUGUCAUAUUGCGAUGAGACUACGCUCUUUGACCUCAACAUUCACAAUCCUGUGAACGACCCGGACACAAGCAUCCUGAUUCGCGCUUGCUCAGCCGGAAGCUCUACUUCUGGCUCCUCCAAGAGACUUGCGGAUCGCGCUCUCGUCGCACGUCAGAGACUCUCCUUCAACCACAGCGAUGAAGCUGGAUCUGGCGCAAAGGCGCUGGCUUCGAAAUGCGGCAAAGCCGUCGAGAAGAAGCAGGCUGUGCAGCUUGCGCACUGGGGCAAGGCACCAGCCGGUGCGGCAGAAGACAUCGCAGCAAGCAUCGCCCACCUUAGCGGGUUUCUCAGCGACAGCAAGGAGUGCGGCGAGGAAGUGCUGUUUGCCCGCUCGGGCAAGACCAUCGUGGGCACUUAUAUCGGGUCCACGGUGAGCAAGUCCAGCGCCGCCAGCCUGGUCUCCAAGUUGGGCGAGCAGUCGAGAGGCACAGGCGCGAGGUCCGCCGCCCAGCUGUGCACCUCCUUUGGCCCAACCAUGUUUGGCGUUGUGGCCGACGCGACGGGAGACCUUGCCGCUGUGCAGAAGAGUCUCGCGACGUGGAGUAACGCAACGUGCCUGACGGGCUUCGAUUCGCAAACAACAUGGAAAGACAUCGGCGUGUCCACGAUCCCACUGGCAGAUAUAUCCGUCGCGCCCACUGGCGACGGACGCUCCCUGGAAGCCCGCGCGACGUGCAAGUACACGCAAGUGAAAGCCGGCGACGGCUGCUGGGCGCUGGCCAAGCGGUGCGGCAUCAGUGAAAAGGACCUGUCCAAGUACAACCCGACGCCCAAGUUCUGCGACACGCUCGCGCGUGACCAGUACGUCUGCUGCUCAGCAGGCACGCUGCCCGAUUUUUCGCCAAAGCCCGGCGCGGACGGAUCCUGCGCCGUGUAUCAGAUCAAGAAGGACGACACCUGCGCGGCGGUGGCGAAAGCACACAGCACCGACGUGAAGCGCAUCGAGAGCGUCAACGGCAACACCUGGGGCUGGGCGGGAUGCAAGCGCCUCAUGGUCGGGCAGAAGAUCUGUCUCAGCAAGGGCGACCCUCCCAUGCCGGCGGAGGUGCCCAACGCGGUGUGCGGGCCACAGAAGCCCGGCACCAAGAAGCCGCCCAAGGGGACGAAGCUGGCGGACCUGAACCCUUGCCCGUUGAACGCGUGUUGCAACGUUUGGGGCCAGUGCGGCAUCACGCCCGAGUUUUGCACGCCGUCGCCGGCCGACACGCAUGCGCCCGGCACGGCCAAGCCGGGGAGCAACGGGUGCGUCUCGCACUGCGGCACCGACAUCACCAACAACAAGACGGGGCCGGCGGUGGCACGGCAGAUUGCCUACUUUGAGGCGUGGAACCACAACCGCAAGUGCCUGUGGAUGUCGCCGUCCAACAUCCCCGAGUACUACACGGACGUGCACUAUGCGUUUGCCAACAUCACCAACGACUACAAGGUGGACGUGGGGCAGUACAAGAAGAUGUUUGACGAGUUUGUGGCGCUCAAGAAGAAGCGCCGCAUUGUCUCGUUUGGCGGCUGGUCGUUUUCCACAGAGGCCGACACGGCGCCUAUCUUUCGGGUUGGCGUGACGGAUGCGCAGAGGCAGCUGUUUGCCAACAAUGUGGUUGAAUUUGCGAAAAAGUAUAACCUCGAUGGGCUGGACUUUGACUGGGAGUAUCCAGGCGCUCCAGACAUUCCGGGUAUCCCGCCGGGUGACCCUGGUGACGGGAAGCGCUAUCUUGACUUUCUCAAGCUCGUCCGUAAGGGGCUGGCCAAGGAUAAGUCGGUCUCCAUCGCCGCGCCCGCGUCCUAUUGGUAUCUCAAGGGGUUCCCGAUCAAGGACAUUGGCGAGAUUGUCGACUACAUUGUGUACAUGACCUACGACCUCCACGGACAGUGGGACUACGGCAAUAAGUUUGUCAACGAGGGAUGCCCUAACGGCAACUGCCUCCGCUCGCACGUCAACAUGACGGAGACUAAUUACGCGCUCGCCAUGAUCACGAAGGCAGGCGUUCCGACGAACAAGAUUGCCGUAGGUCUAGCACGCUACGGGCGCUCCUUUGAGAUGACGAAAGCGGGCUGCACUGGGCCAGAAUGCACUUUCACCGGCCCUAAGUCUGGCGCCUGGCCGGGCCAGUGCACCGACACGCGGGGAUACAUUUCCAACUGGGAGAUACGACAGCUCAUCGCCAAGGCGGAUAACGGCGAGAGCGGCCUCAAGGUGAAGCAGAUUGACUCCAAAGAGGGCGAUGUCGUCAUCUUCAACGACAAGCAGUGGGUAUCCUGGCUCAACAACAACAACUUCCUCGAGCGGCUGUUCAAGUUCAACAACGAGAAGUGGGUGGGCACGGUGGAGUGGGCGGCCGACCUCAACUGGAACUCGAACGGGCCGGGCAACGACGACCCGGACGAGGGCAGCUGGGACGAAGACGACGACGACGCGGAGCCGGCGUGCGACUUUUCGCUCACGUUUGACUCGCUCGACGACCUGGCCAAGACGGACCACUCCAACUACUGCAUGGGCAUCUACGCGACGGCGACGCUGUCCAAGAACCUCGACGCCGCGCUCGCCGACUACAAGGACGUCAACAACGGCUACGACGAGCUGUUCGGGUACUACGUCAAGUACAUCAAGAACCUGAUCCCCGUGGCGCUGGACGACUUCAUGGCCAAGGGCGGGAGCAAGUACUUUGACUGCUCGUCGGGGCGGUACGACAACAACAAGACGCACACGUGCGCCGAGGUGGGCAAGGCGCUGCGCGACGAGACCAUGUUCGACCUGUACUACACGCUGCGCGACGACAAGGGCUUCUACAAGGACCUGGCGGACGGGCACGGCAUCGUGGCCGACUGGGUCAAGUUCGGCGAGGUCAAGGAGGAGUCGCACUGCACGCCCGACUCGCAGCAGGACGGGUGCGAAAAGGUGCGCAAGGUGUACCACGGCUACCCGCUCAAGGCGGACAAGGUCGAGCCGCCGAACCCCAAGGACAUUGUGACGGAGGCGGGCACCAACAUGGACGAGCUCAAGGACAAGAUCGACGCGACGUGGAUGGACAUGAUGCUGGGGCAGUGGGACGGGCCGGCCAACGACGCGGUGCAGGUUCUGGGCAUCCCCGUGGCGAUGAUCAAGCAGGCCAUCGACUCGAUGCGCGAGGUCAAGAAGAUUGGCGAGACGGAGAAGAAGGAGGAGCAGAAGAACCUCAUCAUCACGAUUGUGAGCGCCGUGCUGGCCGUGGUGCCCUUCGUGGGCGAGGGCAGCGCCGCGCUGGCGGGCAUGGCGACGCUGGGCCGCAUGAUUGCGUUUGCGGGCGAGAUUGCCAACGGCGCGCUGACGCUCUACGAGGUGGUGGACAACCCCGAGAGCGCGCCCAUGGCCAUGUUUGGGAUGCUGCUGGGCGCGGCGCCGCUGCCGCGCACGCCCGCCUCGUUUGGCAAGAUGGGCAAGCUGGAGGCGGAGAUUUCGGGCGCGGGGACGCUGGGCAAGAUGGGGGAGAUAGUUGCCAAGGACACGGGGCUGAUUAAGAAGAUUGUCAACAAGUGUAAGAAGUAG